AUGAUUCCACAUGAUGUGAUCCUGGGAACUCUUUACCUUUCUCAGACAGGACUUGGGGUGCUGGGGAACUCCAUCCUCCUGUGCUUUUUCAUCUUCACUAGCCGCAAGCUGAGGCCCACAGACCAAAUCAUGAGCCAGCUGACUUUAGCCAACUUCAUUUUCCUGCUCUCCACAGGCAUCCCAAUGAAAAUAGCUGUAUUUGGAGUGAAAGAUUUCCUGGAUGACACCUGGUGUAAAAUUGAUUUUUACCUUCAGAGAGUCAGCCGGUGUCUUUCUCUCUGUAGCACUUGCCUGCUAAGUGGCUUCCAGGCAAUUGUCAUCAGCCCUGUCAGUUCUCCAUGGGAAGGGGUCAAAGCCAGAGCCCCCAAGUACAUUAUCUCUUCUUGCAUCUUCUGCUGGCUGUUCAGCCUGCUCAUAGAAGUUGGCAUAGCCAUAGGCAUUACAGGCCCACAGAGACACAACACUAAUUUCACAGUAACAGUUGACCUCAUUUUCUGUACCUGGAAAGAACCAAGUAGCAAUUUUGUGUGGUUAACCACCUUCAGAGAUGUGUUCUGUGUGGCACUGAUGAUAUGUACAAGUGGCUACAAGGUGAUUCUCCUGAGGAAACACCACCAGCAAGUCCAGCACCUGCACAGGACCAGCUGCUGUCCCCGAGCCUCCCCAGAGAUCCGGGUCACUGGGUCCAUCCUGCUCCUUUUGAGCACUUUUGUCUCCUUUUACUUGGUCAAUGGUAUCUUUGCUUUUUGCUAUACCUACUUUCUUCAUUCCAGGUCAUCCCUGAUAAAUGUCUCUACAUUUCUGGUGCUAUGUUUCCCAACCAUCAGCCCCUUUCUCCUGAUCUCCAGGGAUAGCCAAGUGGCCAGAGCCUGCUGUGUUCCCAGAGGCAGGCACAAGCCCUGGCCUCCUGCUUGA